UGAAUGCAUAAAAUGGCGGGUUCUGUGAGGCUCUUUGAAAACAAUCUAAAAGGAAUAAUUCUUCGACUUUUAGUAAGCCUAGGAUGACAUUACGAUCCUGAUCACGCGUCUUGGGAACUUUUGGGUAACCAACUGUAGAAGAGUAGUACUCCAGAUUUGGGAUGCGCUGACGCAAAAUGUCAUCCCAAGACAGCGCUGGUCGAAGGAAACGGUCCAGUCCUCGGACUUCUUCUUCUAGUUCGCGAUCGAACGAGAGUCUCAGUGGACAGCAUAGCUCCGAUAAAAGUCAAUAUCGAGAUAAUUCUUCGGGAAGGAAGAACAAUUUUGGAAAGAAAAGUGUCAAUCGCACAAACAGUCAUGACCAUGUACGUAAACUGGUUGAACAGGAAGGGAGAAUUGCUCGAAACCUUGUAACAUGGUCAGUACCUGUGACAGAGCCUAAUCAGGAAGAAAAAGGAAAAAAGUCUAAACCCAGGAUGGUGAACAGAAAGCGCCAUUCAACUCCUGAAAAAUCUGGCUCGUCUGAGAGAGAAGGAUCUCCAGCUCAGAAAGGAGGAACCAAAUCUCCAGGGAGGUCUCGCUCUGGAAGCAGAAAAUUUUCAGGAUCAUUCUCAGGAAAGAAGAAUGAUUUAAGAGCUCGCUACUGGAGUUACCUGUUUGAUAACCUCAAAAGGGCUGUGGAUGAGAUUUAUGGCACAUGUGAGGCUGACGAGAGCAUUGUGGAGUGUCAGGAGGUGAUUAUGAUGCUGGAUCAGUGUCGUCGGGAUUUUAGUGCUUUGAUUGACAGAAUAAAUGUGCAGGAUGCAUUCGAAAAAGCAGAUUACAAGGACAGACCAACAUCUCUAGCAUGGGAAGUAAGGAAAUCGUCGCCUGGUAAGACACUGUUCUCGAGUGCAAAUCCGUUGCAGACGUCACUUGAGAAGAACGCUACCAGUCCUGUUCGCAACUUGGAAUUUAGUUCGCAAUCUGUUUCAAAACUAAACACAUCCCUCAAUCACUCAGGCAGCUCAGUACCUUCACAAUCUUGGGCUGAUAAAGUUCGUGGAACAACAACCAGUGCAAGUGUUGUUUCUGCUGUUCAACAAACUGAUACAAGAGAAACUGGACAUCAAAAUGCUGCUCCUCUCUUGGGAGGUUUUUCAAAGAAUUCCGGGGAUUGUGUCGUUCUAGAUGCAAAUGACGAUGAGGAAGGGUGGGAAACUGUUUGUCGUGGAAGAAAAACGCACAGCACUCAUGCAAAGAAAGAACACAAAAGUGGUAAUGAGAGAUUAUUAAAUAGUAAAACAGAAACAAUAUUGAAUCAUGUAGAAACAGGAAAAAUGAAGAACGGCACAUGCAGUAAUGGAAGUAGUGGUGGUAUUCAUGUCAGUACGAAGGGUGUUUACACUGGAAAUAAUUUGAACUCAGUCGAAACUGUGGAAAAGUUAACAGAACUUUCCAAUGGCAAAGAAACUCCACCAGCUUUUUUCGAUGGUGAGGAGGAGCAGGAAACUUUGUCAGACAUUGAACACGAAAAAGCUCUUUCUGCAGCAAUGGAAGAAGAAGAAAGCUUGUCACGGCAAAUAGAAGAGUGUCGCAAUCAAACAAUAGCAUCUGUUAUUGAACACGAGGAAAGUUUGACAAAGGAAAUAGCAGCUGAGGAAGAACUAGUAACACAAAUACAUGGUGAAAGUGGAACUGAGGUUUCUAACAUGGAGCAAGACGAUGCAGAGACUGUUAAUGGAGUGGAGGAUGAUUCUUUAAACUGCAGCAGUGCCACAAAUGGAGACAGUAUUUCACUGGGAAGCUCAGCAACUCCGUUGACUUGGGAGGAGAUGAUGGCAAAGUAUGAUGCUGACCAUUCUGGUGAUAUGGAGAGUAACUGGGGUGACUUAGUGGAGCAAGCCGAGAGACCUCCCGGUAGGGCUGUUCAUCUACAUCAACGUUUGUCAUCGCCAUCAAGAAAAAGACCACUAGAAGAAGUCAUUCGUAUUCAUGAAGAAAAGCAGCUAAAAGCUCAACAGCAAAGAGAGCGAAUGUUGGACGAGAGGUUGCAGAGUCUUCAGAUGCUUUCUGAAAAGGUCCAAAAAGCACGUGAGCUAAAGGAUGAGUUGAUACAACAGCGUCAGCAGCACCUGGAUCGAAAGCAAAGAAGAGCAGAGCAGCAAAGACUGUCUGUGCUGCAAGAAAAAAUACGAAAAGCUCAAGAGGAAGAAGCUAAGGUUAAUGAAAUAGCCUUCAUAAACACCUUAGAAGCGCAGAAUAAAAAGAUUGAGGUUCUGACAAGACACCAGGGCCAUGAAGCAAGGUUACAAGACAUUCAGGAAGAAAGGCAGAGAAAGAAAGAAGAGCAACAAGCCAAGGAGGCGGCCGCUCAGGAGAGACGCCGCCAGUUAGAAGCUGAAAGACUGGCAAGACUUGAAGAGAUGCAACAGAAAAAGCUAGAGCAGGAGGCCAAAUACAAACGAGAGAAACACGAAAGAGAGAAGGCGAGAGAAGAAGCUGCUAAAGAAAAGGCCAGAGAGAGAGAAAUGCGUCUUGCUGCCCGAAAUGAAGCUCUACAAACCGCAACUGAACAACUGCAACUGAAAAUCCAACAGAAGCAAGCGGAAACGACUAGAAGACACGAGCAAGUGCUGGAACAAGUAAAAGAAAAGGCCGCCGGUGUGUCACGCCAUUCCACACAAGACGAGGUCCCUGCUGUCACGCCAUACGAUAAGAAAAAGUUCUGUACUCUUUGUAACGUGGAGAUCGUGUCAGAAGUUUACCUGUUGAGCCAUUUGCGAGGCAAAAAACACCAGCAAGCAUUGUCUGAAAUUCCGGCAAUUAAAGGAACACCGGACGACAAGGACACCAUUUCGCUUCAGUACAUCAAGGAAAUGCCUUCUGACAAGGCAGGCGAGACAGAAAAGGCUGACCAGGAACGACAGAAAGCUCUCAGGAAAAGAGCGAAAAAGCUCAGGACAAGAAUGGCGGCCAAAGGACGAGAGUAUGAAAGUAAUUUUUCAAGUGUAUCAUCACAAAGACAGGAAUCUUCGAAGAAACCAAGGCUUCAAAAAAUUGUCAAAGAUCUCAAUCGCCAGUUGCAGUCACAAGGGUCGGGUCCCUGGCCAGCCAAUCGUGUAGGGUCAGUGGAGAGAUCAUUGGGCGAAUUGAGCAGGAUCCUGGAAUCUAAGGUAACCGCCGACCAAGUGACGUUUUGUAAUCUUGGUGGGCUAACCGCCCUGACCAGAUUGCUUUUGGUACCAGACAUCGCCAGCGACAAGCCUCCGAUUAAAUCGAUUAUUCCAAACAAAGCCCUUUGUAGCGUGGCCAAUGUGUUAACGCUUGCUUGUGGUGACUGUUUGGACAACUGUCGUUAUAUGGUGUACACAAACAAACUCAGUACGUUGGUUGAUCUUCUGGCCUUUCAGAUGAAGAAUGUCUCUCCGUCUCAAGGGACCACCAAGAAAGGAGCCGACAAAGAGACUGAAAAUAAUGCCCGUAACUACUCAUUACCAGACCCCUUGGCAACAACGUUAUUGAAGGCACUCGCCACAGUACUCCAGUGCUUCGCUACGGCGUCACCUGAAGAGAAGGAAGUAGCAACGCUUGUUCAAAGGAUGGUAGACUUAAUUGGCUAUGUGGUAUGCUGCGGAGUUGUAGAUGACAUAAGAAGUUUCUUUAGUUCAAUUCACGGAUCUCUUAACGACGAGCUUGAGGCUAUGAAUUACGCUCAGGCUUGUUUAGCGCUUUUAUCUGGGACUGCUCAAUAUCUGGGUUGUAGGACAAGUAACAUUUUUGAAAUAAGAAAAGAAGACCUCACACAGUUUGUUGUGACUUUUCAACAGACCGAGCUUUUAGAAAUUGUAUCAUUUCUUUAUGCAAUUUUGAUGAAUGAUGGCAGUCAACAGUCCUCGUCGAGUCCAACACUUCCUGAAUCAACAAUAAAUUUGGUUAUAGAGGCGUUGGGCAUGUUGAAUUUUAUGGGGACAGUGGAUUUGAAGGUGUUGCAGGCAUCUCUUGGAGCAGAAGGCGUAUCAUUGGAGUUUCGGCACAUUAUAAGUCAUCUGUUGUGUGUUUGCAGCGAAGGGAAAAAUGAAGAUCUUCUCCACGAGGUCAUUUUAGUUGUUGGUUACUUCACCGUUUUGAAUAACGAUAAUCAGGUGUUUGUCCAAACUGGUCGACCUCCCACCUUAUUGCAGCAUCUGUGUUCGCUUCCAUUUCAGUAUUUCAGUGAUCCAAGGCUCAGGAAUGUCUUAUUUCCCACGCUUAUCGCUGCUUGUUUUGAAAAUGAAGAAAAUAAAAAGAUUAUUGAACAAGAAGUUAGUUGCGCCUUGCUAGAAAACUACAUCGAGGAACAAAUAUUGGAUCUACACCAUGAUCAUCUCUUACCCUCUCAGAGUGGAAGACGUUCAGAUGGUGAGGUUUCCCAGCGUUUUGCGCUUGUCAACAGAUUCCCGCCUUCAAAAUGGGAGGAUGCAAGACGUUUUCUAUUAGGAUCCUGACAGCACACGAAACUCUAUUAAAUAAUUUAAAAUCUCAUUGGACAUCUUUUUUCGCGGUAUUAUAAAAUUUUGUAACAAUUUUUGCUAAAAUUGCGCAAAGCUUGGAUACCUUUCUAGGCAUAAAAUAUAAGACAUAAAGUAAUGAAUGAGAUGAGCAUCUUUGCGUUGUAUUUAUGUUGUAUUUGACUGGGUUGUCACAAUAUUUAAGCUGUGCCUGUUUGGAAAGUUGAUAUUUUUGUAGCUAAUUGUUAAAAAACUCCAUACAAGUUCGUAAUUAUACCAUAACCUAAUAGGGCGCCGUGGUUUUACUCUAUUAUUUUUAUAUUAUAUUUAUAUUAUAUUGUUACCAACGGUCGAGUACUUACUGGAUAUCAUCUGUCAAUGAGCGACAAAGGCUGUCGUGUAUUACCUUUGUGAUCCUCAUUUCAAGAUCUGCUUUAGUUAAUGAAUAAUAAGAAUAAAUAUUUAUUUAACUAUUUGAAAAGAAAAACUGGCAUCUCUAGUAAAUAAAGCAUCCCCUACGUGAGACCAUGAGUGGUAAAGUUAUCACAACCUCUGUGGUGAACGGGGUUUUGAGUAGGGAUUCUCUGCCUCAUUUUAUUGCAAGAACAACUACAAAAACAAAAAAACAAAAGAAAAUUUUCCUGACAAUCAAGAGGAGUUUGCCAACAAAUCAAGUUAAUUUACCGAAAACUAAGGAAUACCU